CGCUGGUAUCGCACAUGGGCGCCUCUGUAAAUUCUACGACUACGUGUAGAAAAUACUAAGUAUUUAGUCUAUCUGGUCUAUCUAUCCAGUUAGUACCUGUAUCAGUGAUGUGGGCAUAGAUGUAGGUCACGUAUCUACGGAUGUGAUAAUAUAUGUGUCACUGUGUCUGGUUAUUGCUGAUACAAUAACGAGUUAUUUUUAUAAGAAUGUCAAGUAAGGUGUUUAAAAAUGUACUUCUUCUAGGUCGCCAACUCUCUACGCAGUUAUUACGAAACGAGUUGUGUCCAAACGUGUCAUCAUUGGUAAAAGAAGGGGUUUCAAAUCGUUUAAACGCUGGAAUUUCAGUGUUGGCUAUUAGGCACGGAAGUAGUGGUAUUUCACGGCUAGCUUUGAGUUCGUCGGCCAUCGUUUAUAAGCAUACACAGUCCAGCCUGCUUCUCAAAUGUUCCUUGAUCGAUUGUUCAUCGCAAAGACAUCUGUCAGCUACUGUUGGUGGCAUCCAAAAGCACAUAUCCGCACUAGAUACCAAAAGACCAAUCAAGAAGAGAGCUGUAGUGGAAGAAGAAGAUGAUAGUGCAUCAAAAAUACCUCUGAAGGAGGAGUGGGAUGUUUCUGCAUAUGCAACGGCCGAGGAAUAUGAUCUCGAGAGACUGAGUGCAGCCUUGCAGCAACAGGGCCUCUAUAAGUUAUCCUCCAUGCCCGAAGACAUGCAUGAUUCUCUACAUGUCACUGCAAAGUACACUGUCGGCACAGAGCCAAGAGAGAUCUACAUGUUUCGAGAAGGCUCUGUUGUCUUCUGGAAUGUUCCAGAGUUGGAGAGGAACACACUGAGACGGUUUCUGCGCGAGUUUGAGGAGUCAUCUUAUGAGGAUGAGAUAACUGACCGUGAGAGGGAAGAGAUGAAGUAUACAUAUGUCGAUUUGGCAUCGAAACUGUCAAAGGGUCGCAUUUUUCUGAAUGCAGAUGUAUCACCACAGCUCGACAAGUAUGCUUUUUCUAACUCCAUGGUCUUGUCCGUGAAGCUGGGCAUCUGGGAAGCCUCACUCGACCGCUACGUCGAAUCGAUAAAGUGGGUCACUGAUACGAUGAAGUUAGGGAAGCAGAUGACAAUCUCACGGGAAGACGUGCUGCGUAAGACAGGAGAGCUGUUCGCGCUCAGACAUCUGAUAAACUUGAGCUCGGACCUGCUCGACACUCCUGACUUCUACUGGGACAGGGAGCAUCUCGAACCGAUCUACGAGAAGAUGUGUAUCCAUCUGAACAUUGCCAGAAGGACCAGGGUGAUGAAUGAGAAGCUGAAUCUGUGCUGUGAGCUCGCGCAGCUGCUGAAGGAUCACCUCAGCGAUCGGCACCACACCCGCCUUGAGUGGAUGAUCAUCAUACUCAUCGCCGUCGAGGUCUGUUUCGAACUCGUGAAGUGGAUUCCGUUCAAGUGAGCAUUACAUCAUCAUCAUCGUCGAUUCUUCGUGGGAUUUUCAAUCGGUAGUUUUAUUGUGCCAGUCGUGCUACUACAGGGCACCAUAGAUCUGGACAGAUGGUCAAGUAUGAUUGCUUUAUUGAUACUAUAUAAUCAUUGGUAAAUCGAUGUUGGGGCAACCGAUAAUUACCCAACUUUCAAUUGGGGAUGUCAUGUCAAAGUGCGUUCCUUAUAUUUAGGUUGAUCUGUGUUAUGAUUGGGUCCAGAGAAUUGUGUAGACAACGCGUGAAUUCACAAUCGCGCGAGUGUUUGAAUUAGGAAAUCACAUGCCUGGUUGGUUGUAUGUAGGAAUUUGUACCUUUGACAAGUUAAUUUUAGAAAUACAAAUGUGAUUAAUUCUAAUUAGGUGAUGGCUAAUUAUGAAAAUUAUUAUUCUUAUAUGUUCGGACAUUUAAUCUCAUCUUUACAUAAUGAUAUAAAAUAUAUUCUUUAAUAAAACAAAAAA